CGACAACCUCAGCCACCGCAGCGUCACGAUACUUAGGUGGAUAGUAGAGUACUUGACCAGUCAUCCGUAAGAAUGUCAAGUAUUGUGCCCAUCGCCGCAGGGUCCCGCCGAUCUCGCAAACGCCCCCGUGCAGUUGAACUUGACGCGAGCUCCGUCGCCGACGUGAACGGUACAGACUUGGAGAUCAACUUUAAGAAGGAUGCCAACUUCUGGUACCCAGACGGAAGCGUUGUCCUACUCGCGCAGAACGUUGGCUUUAAGGUGUACAGAGGGCUUCUCGCAGAGCAGUCGGAAGUGUUCGCCGACCUCUUCACGCUUCCUCAACCACCUGAGGCACAGGCCCUCGAAGAUUGCCCUCGGUGCACCUGUCUGACACGGCACAGAAGCUGCGGGCCCUACUGUCAGUCAUGAUUCAUGGACGAAAGUGCAUCUCCUCUUUUCAUAUCGCUCCGCUGAUUUACUCCUCUAGGUACACUAUCGACGACAGCGCCCACCUCGAGGAGAUCGUGGCAUAGGCUCGCAUGAGCCAUAAAUAUCACAUUCAG